AUGAGUCGUCUCAUCAAUGCAAGCAGGGUGAUUGGAGGUGUUUCCACCAGGUCUCACCAAGUAACUUCGCAAUUAACCAGAACCUUGGCCACCAGCGCAACUCCAGACAGCAGUGACUUGGUCACCGUUGAUUUGCCCAAGUCCUCUUUCGAAGGCUACAACUUGGAAGUCCCAGAGUUGGAAUUCGAAACCGAGAAAGAGACUCUUUUGCAAAUGUACAAGGACAUGAUUGUCAUUAGAAGAAUGGAGAUGGCAUCAGACGCAUUGUACAAGGCCAAGAAGAUUAGAGGUUUCUGUCACUUGUCCAUUGGACAAGAAGCCGUUGCCGUUGGUAUUGAAAACGCCAUUGGCCCCAAGGACACCGUUAUCACAUCCUAUAGAUGUCACGGUUUCGCCCACAUGAGAGGUGCCUCUGUCAAGUCUAUCUUGGCCGAGUUGAUGGGUAGAAGAUCAGGUGUUUCUUAUGGUAAAGGUGGUUCCAUGCACAUGUUUGCCCCAGGUUUCUACGGUGGUAACGGUAUUGUUGGUGCCCAAGUCCCAUUGGGUGCAGGAUUGGCCUUCUCCCACAAGUACAAGGGCGAAAAAGCAGUAAACUUUUGUCUCUAUGGUGAUGGUGCCUCAAACCAAGGUCAAGUGUUUGAAUCAUACAACAUGGCCAAAUUGUGGAACUUGCCAUGUAUCUUUGUUUGUGAAAACAACAAGUACGGUAUGGGUACCUCAGCUGCUAGAAGUUCAGCCAUGACUGAAUACUACAAGAGAGGUCAAUACAUUCCAGGUUUGAAAAUCAACGGUAUGGAUGUGUUGGCUUGUUACCAAGGCUCUAAAUUCGCCAAGGACUGGGCUACCCAAGGCAACGGUCCAUUGGUUGUCGAGUUUGAGACCUACAGAUACGGUGGUCACUCCAUGUCCGACCCAGGUACUACUUACAGAACCAGAGAAGAAGUCCAACACAUGAGAUCCAAGAGUGAUCCAAUUGCUGGAUUGAAAGCUGUGUUGUUGGAAAAGAACAUUGCUACCGAAGAAGAAAUUAAGAAAUACGACAAAGCCGCAAGAAAGUAUGUUGACGAACAAGUUGCCGAAGCCGAGGCCGAUGCUCCACCUGAAGCUAGAAUGGAUAUCUUGUUUGAAGAUGUUUACGUUCCAGGAAGCGAAGUUCCAGUGUUGAGAGGAAGAAUCUCUGACGACUCAUGGGAUUUCACCAAGAAGGAUUUCUUGAACAAGGUCUACUAA